CACCGUUGAUGUUGUGACAUUGAUGACAUGCGACAGCAACAACAAAAGAAUUAAAGAACAUCAUGAAACGAGAAGGUUAGAGAUCGACGACAGGCGAACUGGUUUGGAAAAUAAUUCAUACCUUUAUUAUCAUUUAUAAAAGUUGUGGUCAAGUCGGCCACUCCGAAUACGCCACUUUAGACCUCUGCUCCGCUCCAGUCCUUUAACCCAUUAUUGCCCUUUUAAAGAAUGACCACAUUCUACGUCGUCUCAAGUCUCAGCAGCUUCUUCUUCUUUGUCUAAUGGAAGUUACAGCUACAACAGUAAGAUGGGAUAGGAUUUUUGCGAACGUACAAAAACUAAAUCGUUCCAGGUUGUCUUUCUUGUCAUCCCCACCGAAUCUUCCUUUCCUGGUCACUCUAUCAUUUCUGCUUCUCACCCACUAUCGGUAAAAUUACAAUUGUACCCUUCAGUAUACUUAUGUUAGCAAUGGAACCUCGUUCUGGGAGCUCAAGCGUGCAUACCUCUGAUUUGGAGGGAUUGUGUGAUGGGUUUUCUAUGAAUUCUGGCUUUGAAGCCAAAACAAGAGAUGGGUCAUGUUCAACUUCUUCCUUGGUUUUGGAUAGUCAGAGGGGCGAGCUUGUGGAGGCUACUGUGAGAGUAGGGAGAGGGGGGGUGUCUGCAGAGAGAAGCAUUGUGGCCUUGAGAAAUCAUUGUGAAGCAGAGAGGAAGCGUAGAGCUAGAAUUAAUGCUCAUCUCGAUACUCUUAGGAGCAUGGUACCGGGUGCCAACAAGAUGGACAAGGCAUCAUUGCUUUCUGAAGUUGUAAGCCAUCUGCAAGAACUAAAAAGGAGUGCUGCAGAAGCUAGUGAAGGUCUUCUCAUGCCAACGGAUAUUGAUGAAGUAAGAGUAGAAGGACAAGAGAAUGGAUUGGAUGUUGGCCCUUAUUUAAUCAGGGUAUCAUUGAGCUGUGAUUAUAAGCCUGGACUUCUAUCUGAUUUGAGACAAGCACUUGAUUCACUCCAUUUGAUAGUAAUGAAGGCAGAGAUUGCAACCUUGGAAGGCAGGAUGAAGAAUGUUUUUGUGAUGACGGGCUGCAAAGAAGGGCAUUGUGAAGAUACUGAAGUACAGCAAUUGCUUGUAAGCUCUGUCCACCAGACCAUCAGAUCCAUACUUGACAAAUUUUCUGCUUCACAUGAGUUCUCGAUAAAAUCCACAUUUUCACACAAAAGUCGAAGGAUUUCUCUGUUUGAUCCUUCCUUCUCAUCUUCAUCAGGAGAUCUGUGGUGACAUAUUGAUUUCUAGGGUUGCGCCCUUUUAUAAUGUUAUCUAUGUCCGUAUGCUUGUUAAUUUGGCGGGGUGGAAGGGGGGGAGGGGGGGAUACAGUUUACUAAUAACAUACUUUAUCUUCUGCUGCAUAAAAUUGGGAGUGUAAUGGAGAUUCCUUGUGUCUGCAUGGUAGAUUGCUAAACCUAUUUUCUGAAAAGUCUAUUACUGAUUAUGUAACAGAGGUUUGUUGUCUUGAUGUAAUUUUUAUUGGAAAGUUAAUUUACUGAUACAAGGAUGUGUUAAUAAUUGAUGAGAUGUAUAUUAUAAAUAUAAUUUGAAUUUUUUGGAA